CUUGCAGGAAGUGGGGACAGGAGACUCAGCAGUUCAAGGCUAUCCUGGGCAACACGAGAUCCAGUCUCCAAACAAACAAGAGUUCUGGCUUGGAGACGACAGUCUGGGGAUGAUUUCUGUGCUCUCUGGGGAAGGAGGAUUGAUGCCUAUGCUCUUGUGAUCUGAGAAUCACGGGCAACGUGGACAUUCUCAGACUGACCCUCCAGAAUGAACUGACAGGAGAUGAACUUGAGCACAUAGCCCAGAAGGCGGGCAGGAAGACUUACGCCAUGGUGUCUGAUCGCUCCUCUGGUCAUUCUCUGGCUUCAGAACUGGUGGAGUCCCAUGAUGGACAUGAAGAGAUCAUUAAGGUGUACUUGAAAGGGAGGUCAGGAGACAAGAUGAUCCACGAGAAGAACGUCAACCAGCUGAAGAGUGAGGUCCAGUACAUCCAGGAGGCCAGGAACUGCCUGCAGAAGCUCCGGGAGGACAUAAGUAGCAAGCUUGACAGAAAUCCAGGAGACCCUCUGCAGCAGCAGGAGAUACAGGUGGUACUAGAAAAGCCAAACGGCUUUGAUCAGGGUCCCUUGCCUCUCUACAGCAGCCUACCUGAGGCUGACACCUGCAUGACUGAGGAUGUUGAGAGCUUGAAGAAGACUGUGCAGGGAUUGCUUGCCAAGCUGCAGGAGGCUGAGCGGCGGCACCAGUCAGACCGGGUGGCUUUUGAGGUUACACUCAAACAGUAUCAGCGAGAAGCGGAACAGAGUAAUGUGGCCCUUCAGAGAGAGGAGGACAGAGUGGAACAGAAAUCGGCAGAAGUCGGGGAGCUACAGAGGCGCUUGCUGGGGAUGGAGACGGAGCAUCAAGCCUUACUGUCGAAAGUCAGGGAAGGGGAGAUGGCCUUAGAGGAGCUUCGGAUCAAGAACGCUGACUGCCAAGCAGAAAGGGAAAAGGCUGCUGCUCUGGAAAAGGAAGUGGCUGGGUUUCGGGAGAAGAUCCACCACUUGGAUGACAUGCUCAAGAGCCAGCAGCGGAAAGUUCGGCAGAUGAUCGAGCAGCUCCAGAAUUCAAAAGCUGUGAUACAGUCCAAGGACAACACCAUUCAAGAGCUCAAGGAGAAAAUUGCCUAUUUGGAGGCUGAGAAUUUAGAAAUGCACGACCGCAUGGAACAUCUCAUAGAGAAGCAGGUCAGUCACGGGAACUUCAGCACGCAGACCCGCGCCAAGACAGAGAACCUGGGCAGCGUCAGGAUAUCCAAGCCUCCCAGCCCCAAGCCUAUGCCUCUCAUCCGAGUGGUGGAAACCUGAGCUUCCGGGGAUGGAUGCCGCUGUUGCUGCUUGGACCUGCAGAGAAGCUCACCACCCCUGUAGGCUGUUGAUACUGACUCUGACUUCCUGACCGUACCCUGGUGACCCCAGGUCUUGGGCUCUGGCCCCAGGCUCCUGUCCUCUGCUUGCUGGCAGGUGGAGCAGAAGCGUCUGUCUCCUCGGGACAUUGCAGGCCUUGGGAAGACACUCUCCUGCUAGCAGGAACAGGACAAUAUCCUUAUUCCCAGUUACCGUUUUUCCCCGUGUAACAGGGCCUCCCUGCUGUGUACACUGGAAUCUAGCUGCCCCAAAGCCAGGCCCUCAUCAAGUCCAGAGAAGUGACAAAAUUUGUCUCAGCCCCCAAACGGAUGUACAGUGAUUGGAGCAAGUCCUGAGGGAGUCAAGUUCCUUCUGCAAACACGGCUCAGUUCUUAGCAACAAACUGUUUGUUUUUCUACUUGGCUCCACCCUUGUGCCCCCUGUCCAGGGGCCUCCCACAGACAGCCAGUGGAGGUAGCUGGCCAGGCCUGGUCUUAACCAGUGAACCUAAACUAGAUAGCCUUGCCUUUCUAGGGACAAAGGAAUGUCCAUUCAGGGAGCAGGUUUUCAGCCGGAAGGUUCUUUAGGCCAUGAAUAGCUAAAGUGAUUUCUCCCCGCUGUGGAAGCCCUCAGUCUUCAGGAGCUCCCCUGUGGUGUCCUGAAAAGCACACCUCAGUCUUCCCGACCCAGACCUAGAACUGCUUCCUCAUCAGUCCCAGCGAAACCAUCACUGUAUUUAUUUUGUUAAGUUAUUGCUGGUUUUGCUUACAUCUCGGAGUUGAUUUAGUACCAGUGUUCUGCAGUCUCCUGCCGAGGUGUUUGGGCUCACCUGGACGUGGGGAGAGUGUUCCGGUUGGCUCCCCGGGCCUUCCCUCUAGCUGCUGCUUUUCCCUUCUUCCUCCUGGGUCUGUCCCCAAGUAUAACAAUCUGCAGUCUCCUGCAAAUGUGUGCUGUCUGGGGAACAGGGCAACCGGGAGCCUCUCUGAACCCUUCCAGCCCGUAACAAUCUGUAUCCCAGCCCCGAAUGACCCUGCAGCUCAUUGCGUUUCCUGUAGUGUGCUCUAGUACUCUCAAGAGCAUUCAAGCUCCUGAAUGUGCGGCCAUAGGAGCAGCUUGCAACCAGACGCCUUACAUUUGUGUGUUUCUGUGUCAGGACCAGGCAGGGCCUGGCUUUGUCUGUACAGUAUCCUGAGACUCCAGACAGUCUCUCCACAGAAUGAGGGUGUGGAACAUGAUCUCCAUGCCCCUUCAGAUUCUUUCCCUGUCUGUGACACAGUCCUUGUAUGGUGACUUUAAUAAAUUAUGCUAAUAUGCCUCUUUGCUCCA